AUGGACCCAGAAGGAACCAGGCUUAGACAAGCCCACCGGCUGAAAAGACGAAAUUAUAUCAACCCAGGGCCAAAUAACUGUUGGCACGCGGACGGAUAUGACAAAUUGAAGCCUUAUGGACUACCUAUACAUGGCUGCAUCGAUGGCUUUAGUCGGCGUGUGAUAUGGUUAAAACUUGAAAUGAGUAAUAAUGAUCCUAAAGUAAUUGGAAAGUUAUUUAGAGAUGCUGUUAUUGAAGUUGGAGGAUGCCCAUCAAUCCUUCGAACUGAUCGAGGUACUGAAAAUGGAAUUAUGUCCUCAGGUCAGUGCUUCGUCAUAAGAAAUGGUACUGAUUCAUUUGCUGGCUUAAAAGCUCACCGUUUUGGUUCCUCACACAGCAACCAACGCAUUGAAGCUUGGUGGGCCUACCUAAGGCGAUCAUGGACUUCAUGGUGGAUUAACUUUUUCAAAGACCUGAUAGAUGCAAUAAAAUGCAUAUGGAGUGCAUUUGGUUUUGUUUCAAUAAGAUCAUACAGAAAGAACUGGAUGAAGUAAGAGAGGAAUGGAAUAAUCAUUAUAUCCGAAAGUCUCGACACCAUACCGCUUCAGGAAUCCCCAAUACUCUAUAUUAUUUACCAGAGAGUGUUGGCACUAUUGACUACAAAACACCAAUACAACCCCGAGGAUUUAGAAGAAAUUAAUCGUGAGCUGAAUCCAUCUGAUGAUUCAAAUGAAUCGCUCAUUUACCAGGAGUACUUUGGUUAUGUCAAUGAAAUGCUUGGUAUUACUGAGCCAAGUUCGUGGAGGGAUGCAUUAGGACUAUACCAUAGACUAUCAACAGUUGCUCAAACAUAA